UUCUUCCUCUUCCUCUUCCUCUUCAGAACGGACCAUCUGACUUUCCCAUUUUCAUUUUCACCCUCAAUCGCCUCCUCCGACACAGAAGCAGAGGAGGACAAUUCACUACUGUACACACACACACAGAGCGAUAUAUAUAUAUAUAUAUAGAGAGAGAGAGAGAGAGAGAGAGAGAGAGAUGGGGGCGGUGACAACAGCAUUGAUAGCGAUAGCAGGAUUGUUGCUCGGAUGGGCAACCAUGGAGAUCGCUUGCAAGCCCUGCCUGGAGAAGGGCCGCGAAGCCAUCGAUCGCAAUCUCAACCCCGAUUACGAUCCCGACGAUGACGCCACCAUUCGUGCCCCUUUGAAUCCAAAUCCGAAUCUUCCUGCCGACGCCUCUUCGGCCCCCAAUCUCAUCGUCAAACCCGCCUGAACUUUCUGGGCUCUUCGAAGGAACGAGGAAACGAGAAAAGAAUGAAAUGGGUUUUCUUGGUUUGUGUUAAAUCUGGGCGUUGUAGCGCUGCGUUCAUCGAUUUCUGUUGAUGUUUCUGAGUCGGUGUUUGUUUGUGUUUUCUGAGAAAAUCCAAUUUGAGGUCCAUGUAUCUGUACAUUAUGGAUCUAAAUGUUUUGUGAACUUGCAAAAGGGCAUGCUUAUAUCUCUUACAGUGUGCUCUUGAGUUAAUAAACAAUCCAUCUUUCUAUUAGAAGAAUAUCAAUAGUUAUUUGUUCAUUAAUAUCAUUCCCUUCCUUCGAAUUUCAUUACUGAGAAAAUAUUUUAGACCACUUUUCAUCCAGACGACAAGAAGCAGCCUGUGGUAAACAAACGCUAGACUAGUUGUUUGGUAAAGAAGAAAUCGUCUGAAUGUUGAAUGUGCCAGCGUUGUGGAGUGGGGUGGAGUUGUAAUUGUUGUUUGUUUGUGGCAAUGGAAGUGAAUAAAAUGAUUUGGAAGAUUGAGCUGAGCUGGGCUGUGACACACAUCUGAUUACUAUAUUUAAAAGAAUUACUAUAUUUUGUGUAUGUGUUGUGGUUGUAUCAAUAGUUAUUUGUUGAUUAAUGAAGUAUUAAUACGGGUGUUAACAAGAA